UGCCAGCGUUAGCGGCGGUGGCAGGUCAGUGACGGAGGCAGCCGCCGUCUCCUCUUCUCCCCAUCUUCUUCGUCGUUAGCCGCAUUUCCAGGGUCAACCGAAUUCGCCGGCAGUGUCGGCAGCAAUGGCAACAUCGUUGUCCUCCUCAUCGCUCGGCCCGUGACGGGGCUUCCCAAAAUCUCUCCUACCUCCCAUCUGAGCUGGUGGUGGUGGGAGAAGCCAGCAUACAAGGAUCCAGAGAGGGGAGACACCCAGCGAAUCCCCCUAGCCCGUUUUCCCGACAGGCUGAGUCACCACUGGAGUGUGACAGGGGGUAGAGGGAGGGAGGAAGAGAGAGCGAGAUAGAGAGAGGAAGAGAGAGAAAGAGAGAAAGAGGGAGGUUAAGUGCUAAGUGAUAUCAAAGCAGGGGUGAGAGAGGAAGUGAAAGAGUGAUACAGAGAGGAGGAGGAAAAAACGAGUAGGACAGACCAGCCACGUUGCUGCAGGUAACAACCAGAACAGCAGCAGCAGCAACAGCAGCAAGAACAAGGCAGAUACAGACAGGUGGGUUGUAGGCUAGACGGUGUGCGUUUGUGGUGUGAGUGUGUGAGUGAGUGAGUGAGUGAGUGUGUGUGUGUGUGUGUGUGAGCUGUUUCAAAAGGAAGUAGAAGGGAAAAGAGAGAAGGAGAGGGGACGGAUAAGAGAGGGCUAGAGUGGUCAGUGUGGACACUGCUGGCGAGGGACCACCGGGUUCAGAGCCGACCCGCAAGCCGCCAUGAAUGACCCGAACGUCGUGGUGAAGGAGGGAUGGGUCCAGAAGAGAGGAGAAUACAUUAAGAACUGGCGACCGCGGUACUUCCUGCUCAAGACGGAUGGCUCCUUCAUCGGCUACAAGGAGAAGCCGCAGGACAUGGACCUGGCGUACCCGCUCAACAACUUCUCCGUGGCCAAGUGUCAGCUGAUGAAGACAGAGAGGCCCAAGCCUAACACUUUCAUCAUACGCUGCCUGCAGUGGACCACUGUCAUCGAGAGGACAUUCCAUGUCGACACACCGGACGAAAGGGACGAAUGGGCGGAGGCGAUCCAGAUGGUGGCGGACAAGCUGGCCAAGCAGGAAGAAGAGGGGAUCCUGUGCAGCCCCACCCUGCAGAUGGAGAACGUCAACGAGGAGGAGAUGGACACGUCCAUAAGUCACCACAAACGGAAGCAGACAAUGAACGACUUUGACUAUCUGAAGCUGCUGGGCAAGGGCACGUUCGGGAAGGUCAUCCUGGUGCGGGAGAAGGCCAGCGGAACCUAUUAUGCAAUGAAGAUCCUGAAAAAGGAAGUCAUCAUUGCAAAGGAUGAGGUGGCCCACACGCUCACAGAAAGCAGAGUACUGAAAAACACUAGGCAUCCAUUUUUAACUUCCCUCAAGUGGUCUUUCCAGACAAAGGACCGCCUCUGUUUUGUGAUGGAGUAUGUUAAUGGUGGUGAGCUUUUUUUUCAUUUGUCAAGAGAACGGGUGUUCUCUGAAGACCGCACACGCUUCUAUGGGGCGGAGAUUGUCUCUGCCCUGGACUACUUGCAUUCUGCCAAGAUUGUUUACCGUGAUCUCAAGCUGGAAAACCUGAUGCUGGACAAAGACGGGCACAUCAAGAUCACCGACUUCGGCCUCUGCAAGGAAGGCAUCACUGACACAGCAACCAUGAAGACCUUCUGUGGCACUCCUGAGUACCUGGCCCCCGAGGUUCUGGAGGAUAACGAUUACGGCCGCGCGGUGGACUGGUGGGGCCUGGGCGUGGUCAUGUACGAGAUGAUGUGCGGACGCCUGCCCUUCUACAACCAGGACCACGAGAAGCUGUUCGAACUCAUCCUGAUGGAGGAGAUCAAGUUUCCCAGAACUCUCUCUUCGGACGCCAAGUCACUGCUCGGCGGACUGCUCAUCAAAGACCCAAACAAGAGACUUGGCGGAGGCCCCGAGGAUGCUAAGGAGAUCAUGCGACAUAGCUUCUUCACUACACUGGACUGGCAAGAAGUCUAUGACAAAAAGCUGGGACCCCCCUUCAUGCCCCAGGUGACCUCAGAAACAGACACUCGGUAUUUCGACGAGGAGUUCACAGCACAGACCAUAACCAUCACCCCUCCAGAAAAGUUUGAUGAAGACGGAAUGGACGCGGCUGAUAACGAACGAAGACCACAUUUCCCACAGUUCUCUUACUCGGCUAGCGGACGCGAGUGAUUGAGCCGGCCCCUUCUUACAGGAAAAUACGUAGCCAUGCUAGGAAAAGUCUCCCCUCUUUUCUCCUUCUCUGUGCUUGCUUAUCGACCAGGGAAUUUUUUUUUUUUUUAUUUUAUUUUUAUUUUGUGUGUGUAUAUAUAUUUUUUUGGUUCAUUUAGUGGGACUUAAAAAAGGGGGUUUUGCACAGUGGGAUCGACUAAGGAUAGUCCACCCACACAAAAAAAAGAAAAGAAAAAAGAAGAAAAAAAAACAGACUAGAAUUCUCGUGACAUUUUUCAGCAUUUGUUUACAACAAGUUUUUUUUGUUGUUAUUUAAAAUAUCUAUCAGUAUUGAAAUUAAUAUUGAGCUAUUUGUUUUUAUUAUUAUUUUUUCUUGUUUUCUUUUCCCUUGUUUGAAAAAGAGCCGUAUUGGGGAACAAGACCAAAUAUGUUGCCUUAUGUGUGCGGUCGGUCGGACAGACAGAUAGACAGGACAGACAGACAGGCAGGACAGAUCCAAGCAUCUGGUGACCGUUUUGUCUAUCUGUAGUGUGUGAUGGGUCACCGGUGACUUUUUCACAGUUUCUUUUCCCCCCUACUUCAGUUUUGAUCAGGGUGUGAGGCUUUAUACCAUGGGAACACACAGGCCCCUGUUGUCACGGCUACAAGGAACAUUCUCCAUAAAAUGGGAAAAAAAACACACAGGCACUAGUGAGGAGGAGAAAGUAAGACAACAACAACAACAACAACAACAACAACAACAACAACAUCAAAACAAGUAAAAUACAAAACACAAGCGCUACAGAGUUUGAAUAUACAUUCAAUAUAAUUUCACAUUUUCUUUUCUUUUCUUUUCUUUGUUCUCUGGAGAGUAUAUGGAGCCUAAAACAGAGGUUUUAUGUUACCGGAAUAACACUAACACACACAUCUACAAUACAAACAAACAAACCAACAAACUAACCAGACUGCCAGGCACUGACUGACAGCACUCAGGCCGAACACACCUCAGAACACUGCACCGGACAGAGAGUCAUUGUACAUCUCUACUACAGGUAAACGUCUCUCGUUCUCUCUCUCUCUUUCUCUCUCUCUCUCUCUUUAUCUCUCUUUCUCUCUCUCUCUCCCCCCCUCCAUCUUUCUCUAUCUCUCUCUCUUUUGCUCCUCAUGACCGAGAGACUCACUCAGCAUCACUACUACACUUUGAUACACUAAUGAAAGAAAAAAGAAGUCUUAACCUUUUGAAAGGACACACUACAAGAGACAAAUGCAGAUAUUGAAAGACUAUUUGAGGUUUUUUAUUUUUAUUUUUAAAUAUACAUAGGGGAGUGCAUGAUACUUUCUUUCCCCUAAUUGUUUUCAGUCGUAACAAGUGAGAGGACACCUCAGAAUACUGUAAGCGUGGCGGUCAACAGAGGCACUCACUAGUUGGUGUUGGGGGGGCCGAUUAGGGAAGCGGAGUUGUGAAGGUGUGUGUGUGUGUGUGUGAGCGAGUGUGUGUGUGUGUGUGUGAGAGAGAGAAUGUGUGUGUGUGUGUGUGUGUGUGUGUGUGUGGAGCACAUGUGUUUGUGUGUAAGAUCAUCCAACCAACUCUGACAGACACUGAGCCAUGUCAUUUCAGAGUUGGACUGGGUUUUUUUGUUGG